AUGAACGAGUACGCGGAGUACGACUGGAAGCUGCAGCAGAUACAGAAUGAGAGGCUCUGUGACGUGUCGAGGAAGAGACUCACGGACGGAGACAGGCAACGGGCUCUGGAUGGCCUCAAGGACGCGGUAGACUCGAGCCUCAACUUGGCCCUUCGCGACAAAAGCCGCUGUCAAGACGAUAACUUUCUGCGACGGUUUCUAUACGCCCGUAAACACGAUGUUCAGCAGAGUUUUGAGCUGUUGGUGCGUUACCAUCAACAUCGUCGGGAACAUCCGGAACUAUGGGCGAAUGCGGACGGCGGUGUGUUGAGGGCCCUCGCCGACGGGCUCCCGGGCGUGCUGGCGCAACGUGACCGGCGCGGUCGAUGCGUGCUCAUUAUGUUCGCAUCCAAUUGGACUCCGCAUGCAUGCCCUCUAAUAUCUGUGUUCCGUGCCCUGCUUCUCACACUAGAAAGGACUCUUAAUGAAGUGCAAAAUCAAGCUAACGGAUACGUUAUCGUUGUUGACUGGACAGAGUUUACGUUUAAACAAUCGUGUAGUUUACAAGCGAAAAUCCUUAAAAUGAUGAUCGAUUGUUUGCAAGACUGCAUGCCGGCACGGUUUAAAAGCAUACAUUUCAUUGGACAACCUUGGUAUGUAGAAACUGCAUUAGCAGUUAUCAAGCCCUACCUAAAAGCGAAAACCCGUGAAAGAAUAGUUCUACAUGGGAACAAUCUAUCUACAUUACAUGACUCAUUACCGUUGGAUAUUCUACCAGCGGAAUUAGGCGGGGAAGGGCCUUCCUAUAACUCUGAACAUUGGUUACAAGAAUUCUGCCGUUGUGAAAACAUAGAUGCCAAGCCCGUGUCGGUGGCGGUGCCCCCCGCGCCCGUCGAUAACGAUCUUCCUGCGGCGAAACUCAACAAAGCGUAUAAACAAAAAGAUAAUCAGAACUUUUCUUUUCAUGGAAACGAAAAAAGUGCAAAGUCUGAGCUGCUCCGUGAUAAAGAUUGA